AUGGAAGACAUGACGCCAGAUUUGCCAAAAGCCUGCUUUGAUGUAUUGCCGGCGGAGAUUCGGCAGUACAUUUGGAGCCUUUGCCUGCCAGAACGAACUAUCGAAUUCGUCUUUAAGCAUAGAGACGACAAACCGGCAGACGACAAACCGACCGUCCCCAACUGGGUAUGGGAAGCCCGCGUGCAUCACGCAGACCCGCUUUCAUGGUACAAACUUACAAGAGAAGCGUAUGAAAUCGCCUCAAAUCAUGGUUUCACCAACAAGAAACUGGAUCCAUUGUCCCUCAUUGCCGCCGGAAGCGACCCAUGCGCGCCGCCGGAUAAGUGGCUCAUCUCCUGGGACCUCAAAUCAAAGGGAAGAGAAGAUUUCAGAUAUAGUCCAUUGGAUGAGUUUUUCAAAGUAGUCGAGGACGAAAUAUCAAAAUCUAGUUCAAAAGCAGCCAAACCUCCUCCAUUUAUCUCCUACCGGGAAGCAUUCGACACGAAUCAACUACACUUAUUCUGGAACCGACCCGAGAGAAGAAAGACACCAAUCACCUUCCCAACAAAUUUAUUGCCGGAAUUCGGGAUUGAAUUCUGGUCGCCGGAGAGCUGGAAAGAACUUGAGAAUAAUGUUCACAAUCGCUACGAUCUUCUAGCAAUGGCCAAGAAUUACCAACGUACCGAUAAAUGGGCGUCUUUCACGAUUACUCUGCACGGCAAAAGACGUCGCAAACUGCCUCCCGGGCUAUUUGGCGAAUUUGGAGAGAAUCCAAUUCUAUUUGUCCAUCUUUAUGAUGAGGAUACUGCCUGGCAGCUACAAGAGCUCUACAAGAUGUGGCAAAAUGAAUCGCCCGCCCACGACGACCGAACUAAGUCCAUUUUUGAAUACUUGUUCCGCCGGCCAGAUUAUUUUAGGCCGGAACAUUGGGCGACUGUUCUGCUUGAUCGAUUUAUUAUAGCGACUUGGGCCGAUGAUCGAGCUCGGGGUGUUGUGGACGCGAAGGGCGCGUGGAGUCCUGCUGUCCCCGACGACGAACUGCCAGUCGUAAAGGAACAUAGACUAGUCUCCGGGAACACUUGGGGUAUACGGGUAGUCGCCGAACUACGAGCUCAGCCCCAGUGCAGCAAUUACGUGGUGUUCCGGGCGUGUUACAGAGGGCACUGUUGGGAGCCUAGCAACGGAGGUGAGUGA